ACACCAUUGAUGCUUGCGUGCACUAAAAAGUCAGAACAGAUCAUCAAGCUGUUGUUGAUUGCAGGUGCUGAUCCAAGUUUGAGAAAUAAAGAUGGUUGGAAUUCUUUUCACAUAGCUUGCAGGUAUAGCUUACUUAUUUUAUUCAGUAACUAUGAGAUUCAUUGCAGAUGGGGUAAUAUUUAA